GUUGCUCAUUUGAUUUUGACGUGAAGUUUACCAUGCCUAUGUAUAGUUAUCUAUUGUUAAAUAUUUUAUAGCAUAUUUUCUAGUAUAUAAACAUGCAAGGUUGAAGUGAGAAAUGUAACUUGGAGCAACUAGCCAAGUCACUUGGAUGCAGCCAAUGCCAUCUACAGUUUCAGACUGGCAAAGGCUGUUCCGCAACGCAAUAAACACAAAACACGAUGGCAGAGAGUUCAGUUAAAUAUCUGCUGGAGAAGCUUGCAGCGAUCUUUGAAAAUGACGACCACUUGUUGGGAGUUCUAUUUGGCAGUGUUCGAGAGGAAGGGGUCUAUCUCCGAGGAGAAUUUGAAAGAAUGAAGGCCUUUCUAAGGACUGCAGACACAUUACUGGAAACUGAUCAGGAAGUUGAAGUCUGGGUCAAGCAAGUCAGAGAUGUUGCUCAUGAAGCUGAAGAUAUUCUAGAUGAAUUUACUUUGCUGCAUGAACAUGAUCAUGGCCAUGGAAUCUAUGGUUCUCUACGUACUUUGGGAUGCUGUAUCAAGAAUGUCAAAGCUUGUUACCGAAUUGCUUCCGAGUUAAAAGCCAUCAACGCAAGGAUCAAAAACAUUUCUGAGGUUCAUAAGAGACUUCGUCACAAAUUCAUCAAAGCUGAACAAGGUCCAGGAUUUGACAGUGUGGGGAAUACAUGGCAAGAUCUUCGAGGAGAUGCCCUUCUCUUAGAUAAAUCUGAUCUUGUGGGCCUUGAUGAGCCUAUAAAUCAGCUGGUGAGGUGGCUGUUUAAGAGUAGUCCUGGGCGGAAAGUGGUCUCAUUGGCCGGAAUGGGGGGUAUGGGGAAGACCACCUUAGCAAAGCAAGUCUAUGAUGAUCUAGAAGUGAAAAAACAUUUCAAAGUUUGUGCAUGGAUCACUGUCAAUCGGUCAUUGAAGUCUGGAGAAAUUCUCAAAGACAUGGCUCAACAACUCUUCAAAGCAAUGAGGAGACAAGUUCCACAAGUUAUCGUAAACAUGGACAAUGAUCAGCUGAAGACAAUGAUCAAGGAGCUGCUACAGAAGAGGAGGUACCUGAUUGUUUUAGAUGAUGUAUGGCACCUGUAUGAAUGGCAUGCUAUUCAAAAUGCAUUGCCUAACAACAGAUGUGGGAGCCGAAUUAUGCUCACUACAAGAAAUUCUGAUGUGGCCUCCACCACUCGUGUACUCUCUAAUGGUAAGACCUAUGAGUUAAAGCCCUUACCUCCUCUAGAGUCUUGGGAUCUGUUUUGCAGAAAGGCAUUUCGGCAGAACAAAUGUCCUCUACACUUGGAGGAUAUAUGUAAGGACAUCUUAAAAAGGUGCGAAGGUCUUCCCCUUGCAAUUGUUGCAAUCAGUGGUGUUUUGGCUACAAAAGAUAAAAGACGGAUUGAUGAGUGGGAUAUGGUUGGUCGCACCCUUGGGGCGGAGAUAGAGGGUAAUGACAAGCUCAAGCAUUUGAGAAAGGUUCUUUCACUCAGUUUCAAUGAUUUACCUUACUUUCUGAAAUCGUGCUUCUUAUACCUGAGCAUCUUCCCUGAGGGUCAUCUAAUUGCGCGGAUGAGGCUAAUCCGGUUAUGGGUAGCAGAGGGUUUCAUUGAAGCAAAAGAGGGGAGAACACUGGAGGAAGUAGCAGAUGACUAUCUCCAUGAACUCUUGAACAGGAGCCUUAUGCAAGUGGCCACAACCACUCCUGAUGGAAGGGUCAAAACAUGUCGGAUCCAUGAUCUUUUGCGGGAGAUCAUCAUCUCCAAAUCAAGAGAUCAGAAUUUCACAACAAUUGUGAAAGAAAAAAGUGUGCCUGCACAGUGGUCAGAUAAAAUUCGACGCUUAUCUAUACAUGACACGCUGCAAACUGUGCGGCCAAACAGGUCAGUUUCCCAAUUACGUUCGUUAUUCAUGUUUGGGGUCAGAAUAAGGCCUUCCAUCAAUGCAUUAUUUCCCAGUGGUUUUAGGCUGCUUAAUGUGUUGGACUUGCAUAGCUCGCCUUUAAAGAGAUUUCCUAUUGUUGUUGUGGACUUGCAUUUCUUGAAAUACCUGAGUCUGAGGGAUACCAAGGUAAAAACUGUUCCAAGAUAUAUUGGGAAGCUUCAGAAUCUAGAAACUCUAGAUCUUAAGCAUUCCAAUGUCAGUGAACUCCCUGAUGAGAUCCUCAAGCUCCAACGCCUACGCCAUCUUUUGGUAUACAAGCAUGAAUAUGUAUCUUAUGAACAGUUUAGUUCAAAGAAUGGAUUUAAGGUUACCCCAAAAAUAGGUGUUUUGCAAGCAUUGCAAAAGCUCUGUUUCAUUGAGGUGAACCAAGAUGGUGGCACGAUUAUAAGAGAGCUCGGGAAGCUAACUCAACUGCGAAGGUUAGGUCUAUUAAAGUUGAGAAAAGCAGAUGGAAAGGCUUUGUGCUCAUCUAUUGAAAAGCUGAGUAAUCUUCAUGCGUUAUCCAUAGCUUCAGUGAAAGAAGAUGAGAUCAUUGACCUUCAACACCUUUCUUCUCCUCCUUUGCUUCAGCGGCUCUAUAUGAGAGGACGUCUGGACGCAAUACCUCACUGGAUUCCUUCUCUUCCAAGCCUAGUCAGAUUGUCUCUGAAAUGGAGUAGGCUAAAGGAUGAUCCACUCAUCUCUCUACGACAUAUUCCCAAUCUUGUUCAACUUGAAUUAUGUCAAGUAUUCGUUGGAGACAGAUUGUGUUUCAAGGCCGAUGGGUUUAGGAAGCUGAAGAUCUUAAGCCUGGACAAAUUCGAUGAACUUAAGUGCAUACACGUAGAGAUGGGUGCAAUGGAUUGUCUUGAAAAGCUCAGCAUUCAACGGUGUAAGCUUCUGGAGAAGGUGCCAUCAGGGAUUGAGCAUCUGCGUAAGUUGAAAAUUCUCGAGUUCUCUGAUAUGCCAGUGGAUCUGAUGAAGACAAUUCGUCCAGAUGGAAAAGAUAACUGGAGAGUGUCGCAUGUCGCAGAAGUUUACUCAACCUACUGGAGAGAAGGAGGAUGGGAGGUGUAUUCUAUAGACAGCAUGACUGACGGGGAGUACUGUCCACUGCCCAACAAUGACUUCAGCCACGAACUAGAAACUCGAUGGAAAUCCUGGAAGUAAUUCAUCAUUUAUGUGCUGGUAAUCAGCUGCCUUUGUAGAUAUUGCUUAUCCAUGUAAUUAACUGUCUGUGUACUUAUAAAUUUGUACAUGAUGCAUAUAUGAAAGAUUGCCUAUGGU